AUGGCCAACAACCGCAGCGGAGAGGGCCCCGUCGACCUCAAUGCCGACCCCAACGCCCUCGGCAGCAUCCACGUCAAAUCCGUCAAGGAGGCCGCCGCGCUCUCGCAGUACCUCCCCAUCCGCUGGGACGAGCUGCCUAAGCUUCCGUUUUAUAGCAGGCUGGUCGGCUACGACGACAGCUGGUACCGGGCCACGAUUGCCAUGUCCGUGAUCGGCAUGCGCUCGCGUGCCCAGCGCAUGCUCAGCCAGGAGGAGGUGCAGAUCCUCGCCAACAUGACGGCCGGGCUGACAACGACAAUGUCCUACGAGUUCCCCGUGAUGCUGGGCACCUCCAUAUUCCUAGAACGCCGCACGCGGCCGACGUUUGGCUUCCCCUUUUACAAGCCGAAAGAAGGGUUCGACCCCAAUGUGUUCCCGACCAAGACGUCGCGCCUCAUCGAGGGCCCGAUGGCGCGGACGGCCUGGCACGUGUUCCGCUUCAGUAUGUAUGCUGCGGCGUCGCACUUUAUGCUGCGCACGGCCUUCUUUGCGUACGGCACGGUGGCCAACUCGUACGUCUUUGACAGGGACCCGCGGUUGGCGAAUUUGCGGACGAGCCUCAAGUCCGCGCUCGCUGCGAAACGAGGUCCGGAUUCCAUCCUCAAGACCGCAGAGCGCGCCGCAAGCGCUACGGCGGGGGCGCGCCAGGCUCUUGAGACGCGCGGGCGGGAUCAGGAAGCGCAGCAGCGCGGCGUGCUGCCAGACCAGCAGCAGCAGCAGUACCAGCAAUACCAGCAAUACCAGCAAUACCAGAGUCCGCCACAGCAGCAGCAACAGCAACAACCGCAGACACAAAGCUACGACGACUAUAGCGCCGGUCCCGACGACGACUUUUACGACGACGCUUCGCCCGUGUCACCGGCCGAGCAGCGCCGCAGGAGCAGCUGGAAGCAGCAGCCGACGUCGGGGACGGGCGAAGGCACCGCCUGGGACCGCCUGCGCUCACCGGGACAUGCGGGUGAGAAGCCCACGGCCAUUUCGCAGUCGCCGCCGGGACAGUACGGUUGGGAGGCGUUGCGCAAGGGCAAAUCGCCGCCACAGCCUCCGAGCAAACAAGACAACAGCAACCGGCCGACGACGGGCGACUACACGUUCAACGAAGACGAAGAGGAGAAGUCGUAUGCGCGCAAUCAGGCGCAGAAGGACUUUGACGCCAUGCUAGAGAAGGAGCGUCAGGGUGAGAGCGACAGGCCUAGUCGACGGUGGUAG